AUGUUGUUUGCAAAACUCGGUCCGGUAGCACAAGUGAUGGGAGAAGCAGAAUCUUUGGCUGCUAUGCACAAAGCAAGCGUUCAAGCAGGUCAUUCGGAAGAAGAAUGUUUGAUUCCUACAGUACAUGCAUAUGGAACGACACAAGACGGAACAAAAGCAUUCUUGGUGACCGAUUACAAAGACCUUUCAGGCGGUCUUGGCAGACAAAAUCAAAGAAUUCUCGGAAAACGAUUGGCGGAGAUGCAUUUGCACGGAACAAGUUCGAACGGCAUGUUUGGUUUCGAAAGGCCAACGCAUUGUGGUGAAACGGAACAAGACAAUACGUGGACAAAAACAUGGCCAGACUUUUGGGCAGAUAGACGAAUUGGCGAUUUGGUUCGACGCAGUGGCGAUGCCGAAUUAGCAAAACUAGAAGAUCAAUUACGCAAAAAAGUAUAUCCUUUACUCUUUAACGAUCAUGCGAUGAAAAAUGUACGACCAGCAAUCAUACAUGGAGAUCUUUGGAGUGGCAAUUCCGGUACUGAUGAAUCGACUGGACAACCAAUCAUCUUUGAUCCCUCAUCGAGCUAUUGCCACAAUGAAGCAGAAUUGGGAAUCAUGAAAAUGUUUGGCGGUUAUGGAAGUGAAUUUUUUGAAGCCUACCACAACGUAAUCCCCAAAGCAGAACCCCACUAUGAGCAAAGGAUGGACAUGUACGAGGCUUACCACCAUUUGAACCAUUUCGUCAUCUUUGGUGGCGGUUAUCGAUCUGGCACAGUACGAAUAUUCAAGAAAUUGAUUGCAUGGGCAGAUGAGCAG